UAUGAUUAUAUGAUAAAUGUUUAACAGUGAAAGAACAAUAAUAUAUACUAUGUAUCAGUAGACAAGAAACAAAAAUGUUGUAUAUUAUUUUAGUAUUGUGUAUUGUGUUAUGUGUUUCUGGAAAACAUGAAGAGUAUAAGGGAUAUCAAGUAUAUAACAUACACUUAAAGACAGCAGAACAGCAGAAAAACCUUCACCUACUAAAGAGUGAUGGAAUAGACUUUUGGAAGAAGCCAUCUCAGAAAUAUGGAGUUGUGGGCAAGGCUAUGGUCCCGUCGUCACAUAGAACGUGGUUUGAAGACAAAUUAAAGGAACUAGGAGUAGAGAAGCAGAUUGCCAUUAACGACGUUUUUGAGUACUUAUCGGAAACAGAAGAAGAGUUCAGAAAUGCCAAUACAUCGUUCGACUUUGACGGAUACUAUAGAUAUGAUAAGAUCAUAGACUACAUGAAAGCAAUUGAACGCUCAUACGAAAACUCGACUGAUAUAGAUGUUAAACUAGUAGAAAAUGGGACAACUGACGAAGGUAGACCUCUCGUCUAUUUCAAAAUAGGCAAUCCAACUCGAAACAAUCCAGUGGUUAUCAUAGAAGCUGGAAUAAAUCCACGUGAGUGGAUAACUGUGCCUGCUGCGCUAAAUGUUGUAGACAAAGUGAUUCAACAAAGACGGUUCCUGGAUGGUUUUGACUGGAUCAUUAUUCCAGUGGUGAAUCCAGAUGGUUACGAAUAUACACACACUAAUCUACGUCUUUGGGCGAAAAAUCGAAGCGUGCGCAGCAAUCUUGGCACCAUCUGUCCCGGCGUGAACAUCAAUCGGAAUUUCGACAUUGACUGGCAAAUAUCCGACUCAAGCACAAGCCCGUGCAGCCAUUUAUACGCUGGUACUGAGGCAUUUUCGGAACCGGAAACCAGAUUUAUCAGAUCACUACACAUGGAGUACAGUGGACGUUUACAACUAUAUAUUUCCUUGCAAAAUACAGGCGGUUUCAUUGCCUACCCAUGGCAGUAUGAACGCGCGGCAAGUGGCAUGUUUCGCCAGCACUAUCUUCUGGGUACAAAAAUGGUGGAUGCCAUGGGUGGUGACUACAAUCUAGACAUUGGCUCUUUGGCGUUUGGUGAUCGUGCAUCUGGAACUAGUACAGAUUAUCUAACGUUAAAUGGUGUGUUAUAUGCGUUUAAUAUAGAUGUACAAGAUCAAGAUGUACACGUAGAUGAUGUAAAAACCGUUGUAGAUAAGGUGUGGAGAGGUAUAGCAGUUGCAGCUGAAAGCUUUUUAGAAUAAAAAAUUAUGACGUUUCUCUAUUUCCUGGUAUUCGUUAUGUAUAUUUGUACCACGACUAAACUGUGGUCCAUACUAACGUGAAAAAUUAUUCGUGAACGAACUUAUGAACCAUGGACGUAAUAUCUGUGAAUGAGAUAUCAAUGUACACUUCUGUAUGCGAUGUGUAUGUUAUAUGUGUUGAAUUUAAUGUACUUGAUUGAUUGUGUUUGUCAUAUGCCCACCUUUACGAUGAUAUUAUUGUUAUGAAAAAAUGUGUAUUUUACGACUUUCUAUAUUUUGAACUAUGCUUGAACU